AUGAACUUGAUCCGGCUGGCCCCCUUCGAUUUUCUGUCCAGCUCCGCCACUGAGGCCGGCGGCGGAGUUGCCGGCCGGCGUCAUCCUCCACUCCUCGCCACCGACCCGCUCCUCACCAGCGGCAACAACCCGCACCACGGCUCCACCAGGAACCCCCACAACCCCGGCCGUGUCUCCGGCGGCUCAUCCAGCGGCUCCGCCGCUGCCGUCUGCGCCGGCCUCUGCCCCGUCGCGCUCGGCGUCGACGGCGGAGGGUCUGUGCGUAUGCCGGCGGCGCUGUGCGGCGUGGUCGGGUUCAAGCCGACGGCGGGGCGGCUGUCGAACGCCGGAGUUCUGCCGCUGAAACUGGACGGUCGGUCGAGGACGCCGCCGUCGCAUCAAUAUUCAGCAAUUGUUGAUCAGUCUCGGUCUCAGCCCUCACGGCGGCACGGAGUUAGGAAACUAACGGGAAAGGAUGGAAAACGCGACGGAGUGAAACAGCCUCAAGUCAACGCUUGUGUUGAGUAUGAGAGAAGUGCUCGUCUUGAGAUCACCAAGCGUGACAGCGAGAACACAUGGUCGGGCUCCACCCAGGAUUCCAUGGGUGUCGAACUCCACGGCGACCGUUUGCUGAUCGCCGCCGCCUGCUGGCGCGUUCUGGCCGGCGCCGGCGACCAUCGGCAGGUAGGACGUGAGGAAGAAUGCCAGCCCGCCCUGUCCGCCGUUCAUGAGGAAGGAGAAGGUGGUGGUGAAGCUCGUUACCUCGCCGGUGGUGUUGCUCCAGAGAUGGCACGGUUGCUUGUACAGUAUUCGUCCGGCCUUUGGGUUGACUUCGCCGGUGCCCUUCUUGGCCAGGACGACCGAGGUGUCGCCGAGGUAUGCAUCACCUUCAAAAUGUAG